CACUGACAAAUGUUGCUACUUGUACUGGUGACAGGUUACCCCUAGCUGCUCUCGGCUUCAUACUUUCCCGUAAACUCCAAGGUGAACUCUGUGUGUUGAAGCCGGGGAGGCUGGGCAGCUGCCUGUGUCCAAGAUUUCCCUCAGAAGACCAGAAUCACAGGUGCACUCUGAGGAUUUACCAGUCCUUCACAGGGGCCAGCUGGGGUUCAUUCUGAAGCAUGCAGGAGAACAACAUUGACCAGCCACCGUCGCUGUCUCAGGUCUUAAGAGAGAGCUACCUGGCGGAGGCCAGAGCCCAGCAGCGCCACAGCGAGAUGAGCCGCUCGGACGCUUCCUCCUCACACCUUCAGAUCUACGCGUCACUCAAAGGCAAGGCCGAGGACUCUGUGGGCCACAAUGAUCCCCAAUUCCCUGACCUCUCGGCCUUCCUCAGCCAAGAGGAGCUGGAUAAGAGUGUGAACCUGGCCCGCCAGGCCAUCGGACAUGAGCCUCAGGAGGAGAGGGCAGAGGUCAAGGCCUCUGUCCCGCCAUUAACCCCCUCCAACAUCUCCUCAGCCUCUUCCUCUGAACCCCCAUCUGUUGCGAGCUCCUCUCCUGCCCCCUCCGCUGUGCCCUUUACCAAGCCAGCCUCUGAACUCAAAGAACUGCCAGCAACACACACAACAUUCACAUCAGACAGAAAGAUGCACAAAGCGUCCGCACGGCAGGAAAACAUGAUCCGGAACACGAGGGACACCGGUGAGGGAUUCAACGAGUUUGACAGUGCGGGGAGGAACGCCCCGUAUGGUCCGGAGAACCAGUCCAAGAAAGAGUUCCUCAACAAGGCAGCGGACUUCAUUGAGGAGCUCUCCUCGCUCUUCAAGGCCAACAGCUCCAAACGGGUACGACCGAAAUCGUCCAAAUCCCACAGGAGUAGGAACCAGAACAAGAGCCAGAACGAUGAGACAGUUUAUCCCCUCGGCCCAGACAACAGGGAGCGCUCUGUCGUGCCCGUGGAGGUGGAGAAGGAGAGAGCCAGCCCUGCUGUUAGCCACCAACCAGAGGCCCAGCUGGACUCUGGGAUUGGGCAUGUGGACUUUCAGGACAGGAGGAUUACUGAGGAGCCGCAGUACGACCAUGUUUCCCAGGAGGUGGAGCAGGAGGCUGAAAACUGUGCCCUGACGGAAAGUCCAUACCCAGUGGAGGCACCGUGUGAGCCUCCUUUCUUCAUCCAGAAACUGAAAAGCAGGGAGGUUCCCGAGGGCAGCAAGGUCCAAUUGGACUGCAUUGUUAGAGGACUCCCUGUGCCUGAAGUCCGGUGGUUUUGUGAGGGCAAGGAGCUGGAGAACAGCCCUGACAUUCAGACCAUCACCGACGGCGAGCUGCACUCUCUGAUCAUCACAGAGGCCUUCGAGGAAGACACCGGACGUUACUCUUGCUUUGCAUCGAAUUUCUAUGGCACCGACUCAACAUCAGCGGAGAUCUAUGUCGAAGGUGCCUCCUCUACGGACUCUGAGGGGGAACAGCACCUUGAACAUGAAGCCCAGCUGCAGAAGAAAUCUUCACCUCCACCAUCGAGCCAAACUCUCUCUGUAGAAGGGGAAGACUCUCCGUCAUCCCAACCUGCAGCAGCCACUGAGGAGCCAGAUGAGCAGUUCUCCUCUCCAACAACUAACCAAAUAAUCCCAGAACCUCUUCUAACAGUAUGGACAUCGGCCACCGUUCUUUCAGUCCCAGAGUCGUCUAAAAUAUCUGUGGCAUCCACAGCUCACUCUGCUCAGGAGGAGGCGACAGUGUCACCUGUGCAGGUGUUUCCUACUUUGCCCCCUGGUGAUACAGAGCUUUCAGAAGCCCAGGAGGCGUCGACAUCUGUCACAGCAACACCACCGCCAUUGCAGACAGCUGCAUCGAUAGCUGCGUCACUGCCUUUGAACGCAGUGGCCUCGUCCGCACUGCCUGUCCUAUCUGCUCCAACACAAACACCCCAACCUGAGAGUCAAACCUCCAUCCACAACUAUCCACAAGGGUUGAACGGCCAACCCAUCAUGGCUGCCCCUGUAUUCACAAAGAGCCUGCAGGACCUCCUUGCGUCAGAAGGCCAGCUGGUGGUGCUAGAGUGCCGUGUGAAAGGGGUACCGUCACCUCGAGUGGACUGGUACAGAGAGGGCAAAACCAUAGAGGACUCUCCUGACUUCAGGAUCCUGCAGAACAAGGGAAUAUGCACUCUGGUCAUUGCUGAGGUAUUUCCUGAAGAUUCAGGGAUGUUUACUUGCACAGCAAGCAACAACUAUGGAACUGUGUCCAGCGCUGCGACUCUAAGGGUCAAAGGCAAUGGCAACAACAGCAACCACGUGAGGCCUUUUAGCAGUUUGACGGUGAAGUCUAAUCAAAUCCAAGAACCUUCAUCAGCUCCCGCUGUAAUCCCUCAACCAGAGGCUACUGUGACCAACAGCAUCAAGCCCCACUCCAGCACCAUUCGCCUAGACCCGCUCGUCUCUAGCACCUUACGUCUGGACCCCUUGAGCACCAGCACCCUCCGUCUUGACCCCAAUGGCUCCAGCAUGUUGCGCCCAGACCCCUUCCGCACCAGUCUACACAGUCUGGAACCCUCCAGCCUGAGCAGCGGCUCCUGCCUCAGCUCUCGCAGCACCAGCACCCCAAACCGAGAUCCUCCCUGUCUCCACCAGAACCCUCCUGGAACCAGUGGACCACGUCCAGAACCACAGGUGCUCUCAUACCCAAAACCCUUCACUUCUCAAUUUGCGGUUGAGACUUCAGCUGAGCAGGAAGUGCCCCUACCUUCGGUGACAUCACCUGACACGAGUCCCAAAGUCAAGGGGACCCCAAACCAUCAGAAUGGGAGCCUCAUUGUGGUGCCCCUCCCUGAUCCCCCUCCUAACUCCUGCCUAAAGACAGGCGCCCAGACGAACCACAAAGACUCACGCUCCGUCUCCAGGGUCGGCCUGCGUGUGCACUUCAAACUGCCUGAGGAAGAGGAGGAUGAACAGAGUGACUCAUCCAGUCAGUUAGAUGAUGACGACACCAUGUCAAUCAACAAAGAACCCCCACCAGUGCUGGCGAAACCCAAACUGGACCCAGUCCAGCUCCGGCUGCUGCACAACCAGGUCCUUAUGGAGCAGCAGCAGGAGACGGAACCUGAGACCCAAACCCACACCCAGCCGCAGUCCCACAGCCAAUUACAGAUCCAGAUCCAGCCCGAGGUCCAAAGCUCCAAUGAAGGUCCGCUGUGGUCCCCCAGAAUGCACCUUGAACCCCAUCCGCCACCUUUCCAGCCCAUCCUCAACACCACGUCGCCCCCGCAGCAGACGCCCCACUCUGCACCUCCGCUGACCACCGCUCCCCCUGUUCCCUCUCUAAGCUCUGCUCCAGCACUCAACACCACCUUUUCACCUCUUCUCAAUGCUUCUGCUUCCCUGGUGACCUCUCCUCCACCUGCCGCACAGCUGAAAACAUUCCCCCCUUUCAGCGUAGCUCCUGUAACCCAGAUGAACACCAUCCAUGCCUCCCACCUCAACCUCUCCCCUGCAGCUCUUGCCAGAACUGCACAUACACCCCAAUUUUACCCUCCUCCUGCACCGAAGCUUAGUACUGCCCUUCCAGGUCCGGCCUCAGCCUUACAGCAGAUCAUAUCUCCUGCUCCGCUACUGAGAAGCACCCACGCCUCCCUCAUGAACCUCACCGCCACCUCCCACACCUUCAACUAUGCCCGGCCAAAAGAGUUCAUAGCUGCUCAGGCCUUCUCACCGGUCAGGAGUCCUUCUCCGACAGAAUCACCGGUCCCUCUGCUCCAAGAGCUGGCCGCUGAGCUCAACUCCUCCGCAGCCAGCUCCCCUACUCUCCCACCAUUCUCCCCACCACCCAUGUUCUUCCCCACGAGGGUGCUCAAGUCUCCCACCAGCCCUCCCUCCAUCGUGUCCUCACCCUUACCGGUGUCGGCGGCAUUCCUGAACAGCCUGUUCGCCAUGAGAGCCCAGUCGCCUCCCCAGGCCUCCUCUCCCACGUCCAGCAGCUCCACCCCAAGCCCCAUUCAAAACCCAGUGGCGUUCCUGAGCUCCGUCCUGCCGUCCCUGACCCCGAGUCAGCCCACCAACUCAAUGGGCCUGCCCAAGGGAGCUCCUUUAAGGCCAAAAAAGAGCGUACCAAAGAUGCGCCUCCCGUCGAUGGAGGACAACCGAGAAAGCAAAGUAAUUCUGCUCCAAGAUAUUGAGAAUAAGCUUCGAUUUAAAGACGACGCUCCACAUUUCACACAUCAACAGAAGCUGAGUAAUGAGGGGGAAACAGCGAGCAGACCCCUUGGACCAAACAUUCCUGCUACUGUCAUUAACUAUGAUGAGCAGUACAAAGUGUCCAACUUCGAGCAGAGGCUAAUGAGCGAGAUCGAAUUCCGUUUGGAGCGGACGCCGGUGGAGGAGUCGGACGAUGAGGUGCAGCACGAUGACGUCCCUACAGGAAGAUGCAUCGCGCCCAUAUUUGACAAGAAACUGAAGAACUUCAGAGCCAUGGAAGGCGUGCCUGUCACUUUGUCAUGUAAAGUAGUGGGAAUCCCUUUCCCAAAGGUUUACUGGUUCAAGGAUGGCAAGCAGAUCUUGAGGAAGAAAACCCAUUACAAGAAGAUAAGAGAGGGGGAUGGGACCUGCGCUCUACAUAUAGAGUCCACGACCAAUGACGACGACGGCAACUACACCAUCAUGGCAGCUAAUCCACAGGGACGAAUAAGCUGCUCGGGUCAUUUGAUAGUCCAAACGGGACCUCCCCGACUGACACCUAUUCACUCUCAGAGGGUGCGAGCCCGCAUACAGGAAGUGGAAAGUGAGCAAACCCAGGAGCAAUUUUUUCGGCCUCACUUCCACCAGCCUCCGGGGGACAUGCUGGCUCAUGAAGGAAGACUGUGUAGACUAGAGUGUAAGGUGAGCGGCCUCCCCAACCCGGAGCUCAUGUGGUUGGUCAACGGGAGGCCAAUCUAUCCAGACCUUUACCACAAGAUGGUGGUGCGGGAGAAUGGCAUCCAUUCUCUGGUCAUUGAUCCCCUGACACAGAAUGACGGCGGCACAUACACGUGCAUCGCCAGCAACAAAGCAGGGCAGAGCUCUUUUAGUCUCGAGCUCAAAGUUGUGGAGAAAGAGAUGAAGCACCCUCCCCAGUUUGUGGAGAAGCUGCAGAACAUGGGUAUUCCUAAUGGGACCCCAGUCAGGUUGGAGUGCCGGGUGGUGGGCAUGCCCCCUCCCGUCAUCUUCUGGAAGAAAGACAAUGACACCAUUCCUAAAACUAAGAACAGAAUCAGCAUGACCCAGGAUGCAACUGGAUAUGUGUGUCUCCUCAUCCAGCCAACAACAAAAGACGACGCUGGCUGGUACACAGUGUCGGCAAAAAACGAGGCUGGAAUUGUAUCCUGCACCUGCAGGCUUGAUAUCUACGCUCAGUGGCAUCAGAGCAUCCCUGCACCCAUGAAAAUGGCUCCACGUACGGGCAGCCGCUACGCAGCUCUGACGGGCCAGGGGCUCGACAUCAAGUCGAUUUUCCCUACGUCAGACACCAACCCCAUCCUGUUCUCCAGCUCCCCUCCUGAAGUCAUGCUGGAGAGCGAGGAGCUGUGACACUGCAGCACGGCAACCCUCCAGAGAUCUCCCAGCACAUGCUGAGGUCGAAACCGCGGAGGGCUAAAAGGAGAAUGACGAGCAGAUUUGCCAUGUGAUUUGUGUGAUGCAUUUUGAAGUGAUACACUCAGAGUAGAAUGGCAAUGAAUUAUUGUGUUACAGCUAUCAGCACUGAUAGUGGGGUUUGUCACCAUUCCUAUUUACUCAAGUCAUACGAAAGAUGUGUUUCACAUACAGAAAAACAGAUUUGCAAAGUCUUAGCUCAUGAGGUUGAAUAGUGUUGCUCUGACCGGUUUGAAUGACUCACGUUUGUUUUCUACAUCAUAUUGAGCUACGAUAGUGAGGGUGUUGCUGAAUGUUGGUGAACAUCUGUUCUUAAUCGUUAGUCCUGUUCUCAAAGUGGUACAAGCACUGCUUAUUGUUAUUGCAAAUAAUAUCUACCUGAACUGGUAGUAAUAGUUUCUGUUAAAGUUUAUAUGAAAUGUCUAUAAAUAUAAACUUAUUUAUUAAUAAUCACCGGUAGUUUAGAGUAUAUAAAUAGACAUUUGAAUCUGCCAUUUAGAGCAGUUUAUUUAAAUGGCUCCAGCAAGAUGGGAUUCUUUCGACAUUUACCGAGAUCAUUUCUUGAUGUUCAUCACUGGUUCAUAUUUUUGCACCAUGUUUUUUUUUCCAUGUGCAUGCAUGCCAAUGGUUGAUGAUUGAUGCAAUAUUGUAUACACACUGUGUCUGCAGGCAUAGUAAUAAUAAGAUGCUGUUAGGUGACUGUCAUUCAUGGUUACUAGUUGAAACACAAAAUAUUUCUUCAAGUAUGUUUGGCCUUCAGGUGAUUUAAUUCAUCUUUAUAUGGACAACGAUUUAUCUCGAUCGUAUCUACAGUUGGAGACGCAUUACCGGAGGAAUGACUCGGAUGAGACUCAACGCUCUUAUUUUGUGGUAAGACAGACUGUUGGCUUUGCUUUGAAAUGACACCAACAAGUCACACAGAGGUUAUAAUUGAACUUCUAUCAGUCGGUUAAUAAAUAUAUUGAAGAAAAGCACAUACUCAACUGAUGUAAAGUUGCACUUUGUAAAAUAGUUUUGUCCCUCUCAGAAUAAAGUUAUAUUUAUUCAAAUGAGUGAUAUGUUUGCUUUGCUGGAACAUGUGGGUAUAAUGCUGCAUGCUGCUGAGAAAGCACCUGAAAGUUUAACUGGUGAAGUUAUCUCAUUUCUUCCCUCUUUAGAUAGAGGUUAAUGCAGGGACAUCAUUUUGAUGUCAAAGAUGGGGGAGGAGGUGCUGUGUCACAGACAUGUACCUUUUUGCUAUUACCAAGGACUCUUCCAGCUG